AUGCAUACUGUCAAUGAAAAUUGUGAUAAUUCUUGGCCUUAUAUGCUAAUGAUGAAAGGAGCUCCUGAACAGAUUCUUGAACGAUGUUCAAAAAUAUUUAUCGAUGGCACAGAUAUUGAAAUGAACGAAUAUUGGCGAGGUGAAUUACAGCGAGCUUACAUGAAAUUGGCCAGUAUGGGAGAAUCCGUACUGGGCCUUUGUGAUUUGCGUCUGUCAAGUUAUGAUUAUCCGAAAAACUAUCAAUUCGAUGGAGAGAAAGUCAAUUUUCCACUUGACAAUCUUCGUUUUCUCGGUCUCAUGUCAAUGAUCGAUCCGUCGAGACCAGCUGUUCCUGAAGUUGUAGCUAAAAGUCGUUUGGCUGGAAUUAAAAUAAUUAUGAUGGCUAGUGAUCAUCCGAUCACGGCUAAAGCCUUUGCACGUGCUGUGGGCAUCAUUUCGGAAAAUACAGAAACAGUGGAAGAUAUUGCUGAACGUUUAAGGAUUUCUCAAGAACAAGUCGAUCCAUGUGAAGCUAAAGCAUGUGUUAUUGAUGGUAAUGAUUUCAAAAAAAUGUUGCCAGCUGAAAUCGAUGUACUUUUGAGAAAUCAUACAGAGAUUGUCUUUGCACGAAUAUCUCCUGAACAAAAACUCAUUAUAGUUGAAGGAUGUCAACGACAAGGUGCUAUUGUAGCUGUGACAGGCGAAAAUAUCUGCGAUUCAUCAGCUAUGAAAAAAGCUGACAUCGGAGUGGCCAGGGCCUACGGUCAAAUUGGUUUCAUUCAAGUAGGUGCUGGAUUCUUUACCUAUUUUGUGAUCAUGGCUGAGAACGGCUUUUUACCAUCACGUCUUGUUGGUCUGAAAAAGUCAUGGGACUCAAAAUAUGUCAAUGAUCUUCAAGAUUCCUACGGUCAAGAAUGGACCUAUGAACAACGCAAACAACUCGAAUUUACAUGUCAUAUUGCUUUCUUCAUUGCUAUCGUCAUUUGUCAAUGGGUUGUAUUAAUCAUGUGCAAAACUCGACGAAAUUCCAUUCUACAACAAGGCAUGAGGUAAGGUUUACUGUAAAAAACCAAAUCACCUCACAAAAAAAAUGUAAAUGUGUUUGAAUGAAUAGUAAUUGGAUGCUAAAUUUUGUGUUGAUAUUUGAAAUGGUCCUAGUUGCAAUUAUUUCCUACAUGCCCUAUUCGGGCACGGCUAUCAAUACUUAUCCAGUGAAGUAAGAACUGAUACGAUUCCUAACAUGCUUUUUAAAUGCGAUUUCAAAAUAGAUUUCGAUGGUGGCUUCCGGCAUUACCGUAUGUUUUUCUAAUUUUAAUCUACGACGAAGUACGUAAAUAUCUCAUUCGGAGACAUCCUGGUGGCUGGUUGGAGAGAGAAACUUACUAUUAGAUUUUUCACAUGUUUGGAAUUUUUUAUUUUAAUCUUUGCAUUUAUAGAACACACUAUUAAUCAAGCCUUACUUAAUUGCUUAAGUUUUAUUCAACUAAUAAAUUCUACUGAUUUUCGAGAUAAUGUUUUGACGUCUAAUUGAUGAAUAAUCUUUUGUAAUUCUGAAAUAAUUUGUUGUUCACACUGAUCGGAAUUGGAUAUACGAUUAUCUCGUAGACAAUUUUGGAUUAUAAAUCAAUUGAUUCAUAGAAAAAUUGACUUUGACAUGGUAUAAUAUAUCUUAGACCUUUGAUGAACAUAGGUAUUAGUUUUGAUGGUAAGUCUUAUCGACGUCAAUAAAAAAUGAUGAAGUAAUUAUUUUUUAGAUAAAUAUAUAUAGAGCUCCGACGACGAUGAUGCUGCUUCAUCGUUGGGUGUGGGUGUGAGUGUGGGUGGGUGUGGGUGUGAGUGUGGGUGGGUGUGGGUGUGGAUCUUCUCUUCACACCCACAUUCACUGACUGACAAUGUAACUAUGAGCCAAUUUUCUUGAACACGACUUGGAACAAUUCAAUGGUACAACUUUUUUCGAAAGGUUAGAGUCGUAUCUAUCUAUCAUGUUCCUGUCAAAAGUUAUUCGAAAAACACUCACUGGUCUUCUUUUUCUUUUAAAUGGGUGUUAGCUUUCAUCAAAUUUAAAAAUUCCUAGUACAUUUAUAUUCUAAUAAAAUUAUGAAUUCCAAGUGCUCACGAGCAAAUUCUAGAAAUUACGAACUCAAUAAGUCAAGUAAUCUGUAACUUGCGCAAAAUCAAUCAAUCAUUGCAGAAAAUAACGUUGAAAUUCUAUACUAGCUAGAGACGCACACAGAUUUCGACCAUGUGAGUUUUCAACCAACCAUGCUUGAUCUUGUCCUUUCAGUCAGUAACCUAAAGAUGGAUAAACAUAUGAUAUUAGUUUGACUUGUUUUAGUGUCGCAUAAUCUAAUAGAUAUUGAAUUGUUGGCGGUAUUGGAUCACGAUAAGGUUUCUAUUAUUCUAAUCGAAUUUGGGGUGUGGAUGUGUCGCCGUGUGUGUCAGAAUAGGAGUAUGAAAAAAAUGAACUAUACCCACACCCAAUAUCUAGUGACCUUUAUAAACUGCAAUAAUUACAAAGAAAAGAAGCACUAUUGUAGUUUAGUGCUCUCUUCAAAUUACAAGUCGGCAAAUUGAAAUAAGGAGACUCAAUCUUUAGCGAACUCUAUAAAUUCCAGAAAGUUUAAUAAUAUAGCUGAAAUUUUAAUUUGUAUUAAAAUUCUUAUGAGUAAUUUUUUUGAAAUUUGAAAACCGAAAAUUUGAGACCUAAGAUUAUUUUGAAUUUGAAUAAAUUAAAUUUCAAAAACGACUGAAAUUGAAUUUAACAGAUGUUUAAGUCGAUUUUAUGCUCGCAAAUGAGAGGAUACGGUGUUGGCUAGCAUUUUUAUUGAGAAAAUAUUGCAUGUCAGUGGUGCGAAAGAAAUAGUAAAAAUAACUAAUGAGCAUAGAUAUGUCAAUACUUGUCGCGUCACAUACUGGAGAAAAAGUAUUCUGUUUUGCUUCAUUUAUUCUUCUCUUAGGGUAUGACAAUCAUAUAGAAUUUUGUUUAACUUUUCUUUUUCUGUUUGAAUUGUGUCUCUUACUCUUAUU